CGCGCACUCCUUCCGUCGACCUCUGCAUUAGAUUUUCUGGUACUGUUCGUUUCCAAUUAUCCACCACUCAUUUUGGCGGCGUUCGACGCAUUUCCCUUUAGAUUUAUACAUGGCCUUAGGCACGGCGGUCACGUAAGUUUCGGCGCCCCACGGCCACGGCCACGGCUACAAGCCCGUUCGCUGGAACCAGCCGCAGCACAGCACGAGCGGGAAGUCCUACGUCAGCUCAACUCAGCUCAGCUCAGCCCAGCCCAGCAGCAACAGAGGCCCUCGCGACUUGGGCAGCACCUGCGCUCGCAGCAGGGUUGGCGUCAGAAAAGGAGACUUGAAAAGCUAAAUUUACAGCGACCCAAACACAAGCAAAGCACAGGAUAGGAUAGGAUUGGAUAGGAUAGGCAAAGGGGCACUUCAUAGGCACCUCCUUCAAAUCGCCCAUCAUGAACCACGGACCACCUCCACCCUACAACAUGUUUGGCUUUCCCACUGUGUCGGGACACGGCAGCUUAAUGAACCCCAUGGCGACAGACGGCACUCUUAAUGACAUGAUCAUGUCGCCUAUGGAUGCUAAUACCAUGCUCGGUAACUUUGACCCUAAUUUCGCCAUGGCUAUGGACCUUGACGACACCGCCAUGGUCCAGUCUCAACAACAACUGUACUCACCUGUAUCGAGCGCAAUGGGUACCCAGAACAACACGAUGCAAUCCACCGAAGACACGCCCCGAUUUUCCUCCAAUUCCGCCGAAGAGAGCCCUGCACCGGGCGCAUCAAAUGUAAUGCACGCCCCGGGUUCGAAUACCUUGACCGAGUUCACCAAGCGAAGAAAUUGGCCUGCCAAGGUGGUCGAGGAGCUGAAGGAUUUCCUACAGAUCCUCGAUGCACAUGGUAGAAUUAAAUAUGUCUCGCCCAGCGUGACAUCCGUGACUGGCUAUCAGGCCGCCGAUAUAGUGGAUAGCUUCCUCAAAGGCCUAAUUCAUCCAGACGACGUCGGCACAUUCACUUCUGAAAUGAACGAGUCUAUAGCAAGUGGGAACUCGUUGCGCAUGUUCUACCGUCUCAGAAAAAAGGACGGCAGUUACGGCAUCUUCGAAUCCGUUGGUCAUGCACACAUUGCCUCGGCCAAGUUUGCGCCGAAUCCUGACAAUCAAACCCCGUUUUGUCAAGCCGUCUUUCUCAUGUCUAGACCGUAUCCCACAAAAAAUGCUCAGCUGCUAGACUCUUUUCUGGAACACAAGAUCGAAAACGAGAGGUUAAGGCGGCGGAUCGCAGAGCUACGUCGUGAGGAGGAGGACGACGAGGAAGAGGCAUCACAACAAAGCUAUAUUGACAGUCAAGAUGCAACAACCACGGCAAUGACGGCAUCUGAGGAUCGAUCUCAAGCAGGGUCGGUCUACUACAGCCAACAAGCUGCAGACGCGGAAUCUAUGCCGCCGCCAGCGAGACCGGUAUCGAUCAACACAACACUAACUAAGGAGAAUCUUGAAGGCGCCGUUGCUGGAAGUCGUCCCGACUCGCUCAGAGAUAAGAUGUCUAGGCUUGGAGGCGCCUCCCAUACCGAUACCAUUGAAAUGUUAACUGGAUUGCGGUACGUAGAAGGAGAGCGGAGCCGCGGCAUCACAACCGGUAACCACAGCCCGACAUUGAUCAAAGGCGAUGCCGGAAUCGCCAUUCCUGUGGAUAGAGAUCCGCGCACUGGCGAGAAAAAGAAGAAACUCAAAGUCGCCGAGGAAUAUGUCUGUACCGACUGCGGCACACUUGACUCACCGGAAUGGCGGAAAGGACCCAGUGGACCAAAAACCCUUUGUAAUGCCUGCGGUCUUCGCUGGGCCAAGAAAGAAAAGAAGAAAAACAAUAGCGGCACUACAACCAAUCAAGACUCGUCUACGCCAAUGGAAAGCUGAGACCACCUCUGCCGCUGGCUGCGCAUUUAAACAUUAUAGAUUAUCACCAUGAGGACAAGGCGUUAUGUGGGGUUCAUGACCAAUUUGACAUGAUCAAGCAUUCUGGCGAAAGGAUUUGAGCAUGGUGUCAGGGAGAGCUUGGGCGUUUUGCUGAGUUUAUGAUAUGUUCAACAUGGCUUUCACGUCAACGAGAUUUUGAUUGUUAAGAUACCUCUGCGAUUAGCUCACGG